AUGCAUCUUGCCAGUUUGGUCAGUUCUUGCUCCCUCCUACUGCUAUUGGGGGCCCUGCCUGGAUGGGCAGCCAGUGAUGACCCCAUUGAGAAGGUCAUUGAAGGGAUCAACCGAGGGCUGAGCAACGCAGAGAGAGAGGUGGGCAAGGCCCUGGAAGGCAUCAAUAAUGGCAUCACUCAAGCUGGAAGGGAAGUGGAGAAAGUUUUUAAUGGACUUAGCAACAUGGGGAGCCAGGCCGGCAAGGAGCUGGACAAAGGCGUCCAGGGGCUCAACCACGGCAUGGACAAGGUAGCCCAUGGUAUCAACAAUGGCGUCGGACAAGCAGGAAAGGAAGCAGAGAAGUUUAUCCAUGGGGUCAACAACGCUGCUGGACAGGCUGGAAAGGAAGCAGACAAAGUAGUCCACGGGGUCUACGAUGGGGUCAACCAGGCCGGGAAGGAGGCAGAGAAAUUUGGCCAAGGGGUCAACCACGCUGCUGGCCAGGCUACAAAGGAAGCGGAGAAACUUGGCCAAGGUGUCCACCAUGCUGCUGGCCAGGCCGGGAAGGAGGUGGACAGGUUGCAGCAGAAUGUUCAUUAUGGGGUCAACCAAGACGGCAAGGAGGCCAACCAGCUGCUGAAUGGCGGUCACCAAGGCGGAUCUACCGGCCAUCACGGAGGGGGCGCAACCACAACAUUAACAUCUGGAGCUUCGGUCAACAAGCCCUUCAUCAGCUUUCCAGCUCUAUGGAGGAGCGUCGCCAACAUCAUUCCCUAA